GGGGGCGGGGGGCGAGCGGCGACAGUCGCGGCGGUAGCGGCGGUGACAAGGACAGCCCCGCCCGCCAUGGAGCCCCAGGAGCUGGGCAGAUACUACGCAUAUCUUCAGCAAGCUCAAGCAUUUUACUCGUUUCCAUUCCAUCAGAUGAUGACUGCAGUGCCCAACAUGGAAACGAUGGCUGAGCAGCCGACUCUAGAGGGCAUUCCAGAGCCAAACAUUGCUCAGGAGCCUCCGAAAGAAGUUAAGAAAGGAGGAAGAAAAAGAAAAGCCAAAGCAACUGAGCCAAAGCAACCCAAAAAGCCUGCUGCUAAAAAAGAAAAACCAGCCAAGUCAAAAGGCAAACAAGAAAAGAUCACAGAUACUUUUAAAGUCAAAAGGAAAGUGGAUCGUUUUAAUGGUGUAUCUGAAGCUGAACUUCUGACCAAGACCUUGCCUGAUAUUUUGACCUUUGAUCUGGACAUUGUAAUAAUUGGCAUAAACCCUGGCCUGAUGGCAGCUUACAAAGGACAUCAUUACCCGGGACCUGGAAACCAUUUUUGGAAGUGUCUGUUCAUGUCUGGUCUAAGUAAUGAACAACUGAACCAUAUGGAUGACCACACUUUGCCACAUAAAUAUGGGAUUGGAUUUACAAACAUGGUUGAAAGGACAACACCUGGAAGCAAAGACCUCUCCAGCAAAGAGAUUCGGGAAGGAGGGCGAAUUCUGAUGCAGAAGCUACAAAAGUAUAAACCUCGUAUAGCAGUUUUCAAUGGAAAAUGUAUUUAUGAAAUUUUUAGUAGAGAAGUUUUUGGAAUUAAAGUUAAGAACUUGGAAUUUGGACUGCAGCCACACAGAGUGCCAGAUACAGAAACUCUCUGCUACGUUAUGCCAUCGUCCAGUGCAAGAUGUGCUCAGUUUCCCCGGGCACAGGAUAAAGUUCAUUAUUACAUAAAGCUGAAAGACUUAAGGGACCAACUGAAAGGCAUCGCACCAAACACAGACGUGCAGGAGGUGAAGUAUACAUUCGACUUGCAACUUGCACAAGAGGAUGCUAAAAAGAUGGCUGUCAAAGAAGAAAAAUAUGACCCAGGCUACGAAGCAGCGUAUGGAGGAGCUUACUGUGAUCGUGCUCCGUAUGACAGUGAGCAGUGCAGCUUCUCUUCCAAUGGAACGGCGGGAAGCGAUCCACAGUACUGCGAGGGGUCGUCCUUUGGUAUAGUUCCUAAUGGACAAUGGAUGACACAGUCCUUUGCAGACCAGAUUCCAGAGUUCAAUGCCGGUGUGACACAGGAAGAGGAGGGAAGCAGCGUGUAGGGGCUGUUCCUUCUCAGCUAUGCAUCCAUGCUGCAGUUUUAAUGCAGUGACCAAGAUUGGUACCUCGGUUCUCCAACUGAAGCAUUUUAAUAGUAUUUUAUCUCCCCUAGUUAUUUUAUUAUAGUCUAAAGUAAGUGUGUGGUAGGCUGAAAUCAAUGAACUAGAUGAUUUUAAGGAACUGUUCAAACUUUUUCCAAAAAAGUUAGCCCUUUUUUGUAUAUGAGUUUUAUAUUUAAUGUAUACCAUUUCUUGCAGUUUUUGACAAAUUGCUUUCUCAUUUGUGAAGAUUUCUUUUGGGCGUUAAUUUUAUUUCAUGAAUUGUAAUGUAGUAGUAACAGCAGCAGUAUACUUCUUACUGAUGCCUCAAUAUUUGGAUAUCUCACAAUCCUUGUAUAUCCAGAGGGGAAAAUGGGAAGUGUACCCUUAACUUAUGUGAAGCGAUAUUUUUAAUCAUGCACAGUUAAGGAAACUGUGCUUUUUAAGUCUGCCUUUUACCUUCUUAAAAAGUGCAGAAAGUUGCACUCUGCAGCUGUGAGUACUGAGUAUUUUCUGGGUGGGAAGAGAGAGCUCUGUCUGUUUGGUGAGUGGACCAUAUUCAGGAUUAAGGGAGUGAAGACAUCCUCUCAAGUCACAACACUGGGGAGGAAAAUUUGUGUCACACAGGACAGGGCCUAAAUAUUCUAGCUGAGCUGGCUUACGGUAAGAUAUCCCUACCACUCUAUCUCUUUCCCUCUGAAAUUCCAAUGUAAGGAACUGGAAUUCCUUGAAAAAAACCCCAAAACAAACAACAGUGGUGGUUCUUCAAUUCUGUAGCAUUCAAACACUGUUGUUUCUGUGUGAUUAGUCUCUUCACAUGACCUUCAGCAGUAGACAACAGAAUUCGAACAGAUUACAUGUCAGGGAAUUGAAAGGCUGCAUUCUCUGUAAAAGUCACAUACAGCUACAUUGUUUACAUCAUGUACAAUUAGCACAGGGUGAAAAGAGUUUGCAAUUUAGCAGGUUUUAACAUUCCAUUCUCUUCAAUCUGUAGAGGGUGGUCUUCUUAUUCCUCUUACAAGCAAAAAAUACUGAGUUAAAUAUAGGAGCAGCUGUUCCAUGAAUAAGAAGUUGGCUGUAGAAACUACAGCUCUCUUCUGAGGAACUUGCCUAAAUUAUAUACAUUUUUAACCAAUAUUAGUUACUGAGAAAGAAACGAGAUUCCAUCCUGGUGCCUAACCAUCGUCUUCUUUCCCUCCUUUGUCAUGUGAGGAAGAGAUGAAGUAAAAGCAAUAAGCUGAUCAAAACACUACAGUUUUGAUGAUCUUAUAAUAGUUGGUGCUUCACAUACUUGAAAAACAGAUACAAACAGUAUCUCCGCACUCCGCGUGGGCCAGAGAGUCCUGUAGGGCAUGAUUUAUCCUUUCUUCACAGCCAGCAACGGUUGUCAGUUGUGUGUAACUAGUUAGUGUAGGUUCUAAUGUUGCUAUAACAGCUCUCACUGAGAUCGCACACUGUCAACCUGUUAUGAGGCAGGUAUGAUGUUUACAGUUUUUUCCCAAAUUAUGUGGCUUAAUUCUGAGCGUCUUAAAUCAAGAAAGUGUGCAUUAUGAUUCUGAUUGUGUUUAUUAGCUUCAGCAUAAAGCUAUUCUGUAUAUUGUCAGAAAGGUAUAGGACUUGUCUGUUAUUUAAAGUGUACUGUAUCAUGUAUUGCUGUUUACAUGGGUGUUUUCCUGCAGGUGCUCAAAGUAUCUUGCAUCAGGGAUUUGUUACAAUUCAAUUAUUUUAUUUUCAACAAAAUUGGAACCAUGGAAUUAGCACUGCUGAGUAUGUAGCACAGUAGGAUUUAACUCCUGAAAGGCUAUCCUCUUUGAGUGGAAGGGAAAGGUGUCUUCUUUAAAGGAGUCACUGGGUACAAAAUCUGGUUAAGUCUACAAUGACCAUUUCACUAAAUACUGCAAUUCUAUGUGUCCUCCCUCAGAACUGGUGCUCUUUUUGUUACAGUAAUACAGAAGUUCUUUAUCUGUCUUGAAUCUAUCCAUGUUUCACAAUAAAAUCAGGAAUUGUA